AUGGUAGACUCAAGCAUCCUGAAAGCAAUCGGUCCUGCGUUGUAUUUCAGUCGUUCCAGCGCUGUGACAACCAGACGUCAAAGGGCAUUGACCGAUCAUCACAAUCUUCUUCCACCGCAACUUCGUGACAAGGAACUCGCGGGAGACAGUAGGACAACUGGUACGACUGCUCGGCCUGCACCCGUGAUGGACGCAUCGGAGAGAAAGGGUAAGAAUUAUGUACAGCUAUGCGAGUCGUCUCGUGGUCUCCGGUCGAGAGCAAGCUGUCGCGAACAGACCAUUGCUGUAGGAGCCUCAAUGUCGAAGGCCGCCUCAGCUCAGAGCAUGCACGAUCCCAUUCACACGGGCAAGGAUCUUAACUGUUGGCACAGCCUGAACGCGAACAUCAACGCACAAUCCGGGAAAGGUACAAGCGUCUUAGUGGCUUCGGUCGACCAUGGGUGUGCUGUCCGCUUCCACUCACGUAUCAUGAAGCUCUUCACCGCCGACCGCAAAGGUUGGUUGCGGCGAAACCGAGCUCUCCUCGAAUCGGAUCGGCGCGCCCGACCCAAGCGAUACCAGGUCAUGGCUAAGUCCAAUAUGGCAGACUGUAAGAAGCAAGGGGUGGUGGUUCAUGAAAACCGAGUGCGAGAAGACGCUGGACAAGUUCAGGCACCUACCGGGUUCGCUAUAUGUUCAUGCGACCGUGGCUCCAAGGCAGAGCCAUGCCAGGUUGUCCAAGCUAGUCGCGACGACAAAGACUUCACGGCUCUGCCCGACUACAGCCCAUCACUCAACACGCUCUCCCGUCGGACCAACUGCCUGAAGGUGGACUGGGAUGGUCGGCCACUUGACCUAGGAGACGACCCAUAUGCUUACCUACUGCAUCCGGAAGAAGUCACGCUGGCCUCUACCCUUCGCCUCGAUUGUGCGACAUAUCUCACGAGCAAGCGCCACAUCUUUCAGCGGAGGCUGGUAUGCCUGCGUAUUGGCAAAGAGUUUCGUAAGACGGACGCGCAGAAGGCCUGCGGUGGGUUGGUUAGACGAGUCAUUCAUGCGCCAAUUCCUGUGAACAGGUUGGCUCUCUCAAAUUGUUUCGGCUCUGUUCGGUGCGAGACAUGCUGGGAUCCCCAGUGGCAUUGUAUUUUCUACUGCCGACCACCAUUGCCUCCAGGCGUUGCGUUGCCGCAGACAAAAGGACAGCAUACAUUGUCAGACGACGAAGGGGCACAGAUAAUCGUCCAUCAGGUAGGCGACAGUGGACGAGUUUUGGUCUUGUGGUCUGUAAUUCCGUUGCACAGGCGUGUCGGGCGUCGGGUGCGUCUUUCGUGCGGGAGAGGUUCAGGCCAUUCUGGAGGCCGUUCAUCGUUGUGGGCCGUUGCAACUUUAAGAAGCUGGCAUGCGAGGCCGGUAGCCUUAUCGAUAGCUGUUGAGUUUGAUGUUGGGCGUUUAGGUUCAGUCGUGGUGCUGCGUCAAAACAGAACCGAAGGCUGCAUUUCGAUUCGUGCAGUUCGUUGUGGCCAUGAGCAGGCGACUUUCGGUCGAUUUGCAGCUGUUGCUUUCAAAAUUGCGUGUGAUGACGUUUGGGACCAACUGGCAACUAUUAUGCUCACAUUGUACACGAAGUGGGACGGCUAUAUGUUAACUCGGUCCGUUUCUACAGACGGCGAGACCCCUCUCCCAGGCGAUCCUCGGGCGAUUACGAGCGGCUCUCUGGCCGCGUUCAAUAUGCAACCGGCAGAGCUUGGACACACCAUGGGUGCUCCUCUCAGACAGCAUGAAAGACACAGAAAGCAGGUCCUGGACAAAACAGCGCAACAAGCGCGAGUUACUGACGAAAUUCCGCUGGAAGAUAAGCCUUGUUGCUCCAAGGCGGCUUUCGAGCACCCACGGCUUCGGAAAUGCCCCUACGACUUGUCCACAGUCGACUGGGAGAAAGCUAUCCUGCUAGGAGGUGGAUUAGAUGGGUAUGUUUGGACGGUGUACUUUGGGACGAACGGCCCUUUCGCACUUAAGGUGGUAAGUUUACUAUGCUAUCUUGGUUCUCGCGAGACGCUUGCUCUUCUUAUGGCGAGAGUGCCAAAUGCCGCUAUUGUACAGUUGCUUAUUACUGCAGUGCAGCAAGCGACUGCCACCGGACCGAUAAUCAUCAAGAAUAAUCCGAGCUCCAAUCGCGACGCCCAAGCCAAUCUCCUUGCCUUUUUCGAUAAGCAACGACAAAUACGACAAAGUCAGCAGACCACUUUGAAUGAAAGGGACACGAUCAUCUCGACAGCUCCGCCAAUGACCCAAUGUUAUGGGUCGCUGAAGUUUGAUGGCCAAGCCUUCCGCAAAAUGCCUCAUCCAGUACGACCGCCAACACAAAGGUAUACAAGCUUAUAUGCGGGUUUCAACCGACACGAGCUACUUUGGAAUAGUUUACGAAUACGUCGUCGGGGCUCAAAUAAUCAGGAGCUGGUGGAGGAAGUGGAUUUGGUUUUCUAUCGUGCAGGUUUCGGUUACACGCUGUCGCCAGACCGGAGAAAUUGGCGUGGAAGCAGGCUCGUAGAUCAUAGCGAAUAUGUACAUCCACAAGGGUUCGGUACGGACCGAGGCGCGCAACACAGAUUCUGGUGUGACUUUUGA